AUGUGUCUCUGGCUUUUGACAGCAUGUUUAGGGUUAUUGCCUACGAAUCCCACGCCAACUGUGGUAAUAGUGCCGGGUGUACCAGCACCGAUAGUUGUGCCUACAACGACGACGACUACCGCUGCCCCAGGUAACAUAACCCCUGGGCCACCCACUCCACCUCCAACGGUAUUCCCGCCAACUCCACCACCGUCAACUAACAGUACAAGCGGUCCAACAGUAACGCCGACACCGCCACCCACAACAGGUGGAGUUCUUUUACCUGUCAUACUUUGUAAUAACCCUGACAUUAUAUGUAUCUCUAACCCCGAUGAAAAUACUACAGGCCCUCUUCCAAUCGAUCCGAGGUUUGGCACAACUCCAGCGCCGUCAGCACCAUUGCAAGUUCCACCUAUAAUCGGUUACAGUGCUCAGGUGCCGUCAUAUAAUACAGCUGUCAGAUUUCCGAGGCAAAGAAGAAGCGUGGAAUUAACGUUAAAAGACAUUUUAUAUAGCACACCAAACGAAGUUAGCUUAAAGCACGCAAUUCACAAAAGGCAAAGUUGUCAAUGUGUGGCGUCUGGUACAUGUGCUGGUUCGAACACAGGCGCUGGUUUGAUUGAUAUUAGAAUUGUAACACCGGGUGGAGGCGGUGGUGGACAGUGUCCAGCGGGUCAAGUAUAUUGCUGUGGUGCUGUAGUGUCUCAAAUAGCUUGUGGAACAUUACAAUCAACACCACCUCUCUCCGUUACGCCGACUGCAGGACAAGCUAAUUAUGGAGAAUAUCCUUGGCAGGCCAUGAUAUUAACGAGACAAAAUGACUACAUAGCCGGCGGUGUUCUUAUCGAUCAACUGAAUGUUUUGACUGUUACCCAUAGAUUACUACCCUACAUUGUUUCAGGUACAGCGCCGAAUGUCAAAGUACGUAUGGGCGAGUGGGAUGCCGCUGGAACAUAUGAACCUAUUCCUUACCAGGAGUAUGCAGUUCAAAGAGUAUUCAGUCACCCUUCGUACAACCCUAAUACUCUGCAGUACGAUAUCACUGUACUGAGAUUAGCAGCACCUGUUCCGUUCACUCCUGCCGCUGGUGCUGCAACCACAAUAAACAAAGCCUGUCUCCCAUCUUCAGCAGCCGUUACAUUUACGGGACAAAGAUGUUGGGUAGCUGGAUGGGGUAAGAAUCUAUUUGGAGUUCAAGGACAAUAUCAGCAAAUAUUAAAGGAAGUAGACGUUCCAAUAGUGGCUCCUGCUACGUGUCAAGCGCAAUUACAGGCUGCUAGACUCGGUCCGACUUACGUUCUAGAUACCACUUCUUUUAUAUGUGCAGGGGGAGAAGCCAACAAAGAUUCUUGCACAGGCGAUGGUGGCUCGGGUCUAGUAUGUCCAGUGAACGGCCAAUGGGUUGUAGUAGGCCUCGUGUCUUGGGGUCUAGGUUGCGCCAAUACAAACGUUCCCGCUGCUUAUGUGAAUAUCGCUGCCCUCCUACCAUGGAUACAGCAACAAGUAGCUACACCUUAA